GACGAGCUCAGUCGAUAGUGGCUGCCUUAAUGACAUGCGAUUGCGGUGACAAGCGGCAGUGGCGAACUGCCUCGUUGAACAACAACUCCACAGUUGUCGAGACGCACGCAGGGCCAAGCCCAACUGAAACCGUGAAAUUCGACUGCCAGCGGCGACAAAUUCCCGGACUGGACAAGUCACAGCUGUCCCACUUUCCUUGAUCUCUACCCUCACGACCAGCCUCAUUGUCAACCCGUUUCCUCGACAUGCCGCCCUACGGACACGACCCAUACCAGCCCUAUAGCCCACAUUGCGGCCAGGAUGCCAGAGGCGCCUCAAGGACGCCGAGCCCGUCUCCGAGCGAGAUUGCGGCACUCAACCAGACUGCCAUGUUUGAUAUCAGACGCAUCUUGAACAAGGAGAAAAUAUUCUCGAAACAAUACUUCAUUUACUAUGUAGUCGCAAUCGUCGUUAUCGUCGUCGCUCUUCUCAUAUAUAUCUACGACAAGCAAAUUGUGCAUGCGAUACAACCCGCAGCCAACUGGAUGCAUAACUUGUCCUUUGGCUGGUUGAUCCCUAUCGCUAUAUUUUUUGUCAUAUCCUUCCCUCCGCUGUUUGGACACGAGAUACUGGCCAUCGUGGUUGGACUCGUUUGGGGAGUCUGGGUUGGAUUUGCAAUUACUGCAGCAGGAACUUUACUCGGCGAAAUCGGUAACUUCUACACCUUCAAAUAUUUCUUGAAAUCAUACGCCGACAAAAAGGAAAAGACCAACAUCCAAUAUGCAUGCCUUUCGAAGCUAGUUCGAGAAGGCGGAUUCAAGAUAGCUCUCAUUGUAAGAUACAGUGCUGUGCCGGGUCAUUUUACGACCGCCAUCUUCGCUGUGUGUGGCAUGAACAUACUCGUCUUCAUUGCAGCUGCUAUUCUCUCCAUGCCGAAGCAAUUCAUAACGGUUUAUAUUGGAACCCUUCUGGAGGACGACGCAAACGGUUCAACCACUACCCGUGACAAGAUACUCAGUUAUGUCGUGGCCGCUAUCACCACCGUAGUAACUGUGGCAGCGAUGUGGUAUAUUCAGAAGGAAGUGAACAGAGUCAAACCUGACGUUAUCUACGAACGUCGAAAGGCCCGCCAAGUCAACUCGGGCGGAAGCGACGGUAUCUAUCAAAACGUCGAUGCUACCGGGACGUUUGAUGACGCUAUAUUCAACCCUGCCCGUUCGGAUCUCUCACUUGCCACAUCGGAUACCCCGUACGACCCCCCUCACCAGAAGUGGGAUAAGCAGGGUCGUGCUGUGGGGUACACGACGACCGAACCCCACGUUUAUGCUCCUCAACCUCGUCGAGUCAACGAAGGCUUAGACUCCAGCCUCACGACGCUGCGUGGUGAAAGUGCAACCCCGACUGGAAGGCACCGCCAACAGAGCUCCGACAGCGUAGGGUGGGAGUUCCAAGCUGGCCCUUCAGAACCACAGAGCUAUCCGCUGCAGACCCUCCCGGAUCCCGAACCUAUCGGUCCGCUCAAGAAUCCGUUUGAAAGGGAGGAAGCUACUGAGGCUGCGGCCAUCCCGCCUGUUGCCUCUCCUCCACCUCGAGGAAUGUCGUCUGACGCUAACUAUGCUUUCGCCUCACCACAACACAGUUUCGGGCCUGUCAAGGGAGGUUCUUCUAGUGUCAGCUCCCCUCCAUCCUAUCGAGAGUGAUUUUCAGAGAUACAGACACUCAUGUACACAUUCCAUAUUCGCCUCUCGCCACAGUCCUUCCCACCAAGCCGAAUUGUACAUAACAGUAGU